GCGUGGCAGAGAAGGCGGGCCUGAGCUGGGUUAGGGUGUCCUUGCAGGGUGUCUGAGCUAAACUUCACCAAAUAAUAGCUGUUUGUAUUUUGGCUGCUGCAGGAGCCAUUUUAGAAAUAAGUAACUUCCUUCAAUAGAUGAUAAUGAAAAUACAAAAGAAAGAGAAGCAGUUGUCAAGUUUAAAAGUUCUGAAUCACUCUCCAAUGUCUGAUGCCUCUGUCAAUUUUGACUACAAAUCCCCUUCCCCGUUUGACCAUGGCACUGAUCAGGAAGAGAAGAUCGAAGAUGUUGCCAGUCACUGUCUGCCUCAGAAGGACCUGUAUGCUGCUGAAGAGGAAGCUGAGACCCUUUUUCCUAGGAAAAUGACAUCCCAUAACGGGAUGGAGGACAGUGGAGGAGGAGGCACCGGAGUAAAGAAGAAAAGGAAGAAAAAGGACCCGGGAGAGCAAGAGGGGGCAGCGAAGGGAAGCAAGGACAGGGAGCCCAAGCCAAAGAGGAAGCGAGAGCCUAGAGAGCCAAAGGAAGCCCGGAAGGCCAAGGAGCCCAAGAGGGCCAAGGAGCCCAAGGAGCCCAAGCAGAAGGAUGGAGUCAAGAAAGCACGGAAGCCCCGGGAGGCCUCGGGUACCAAGGAGGCCAAAGAGAAGAGGAGUGGCAUGGACUCUGCAGCCAGGACGAAGUCCAAGAAAGCCAGCAAGGAGCAAGGACCAACCCCAGUGGAGAGAAAGAAGAAAGGAAAGAGGAAAAGUGAAACCACAGUGGAGAGUUUAGAGCUGGAUCAGGGCCUGCCGAACCCAUCCCUGCGGAGUCCUGAGGAGUCCACUGAGUCUGCAGACAGCCAGAAACGACGCUCAGGACGGCAGGUGAAGCGCAGGAAAUAUAACGAGGACCUGGAUUUCAAGGUGGUGGACGAUGACGGGGAGACAAUCGCCGUUCUUGGAGCCGGCCGGACGUCCGCCCUCUCGGCUUCUACACUGGCAUGGCAGGCGGAGGAGCCUCCAGAAGAUGACGCAAACAUCAUUGAGAAGAUCCUGGCAUCUAAGACCGUCCAGGAGGUUCACCCCGGAGAGCCCCCAUUCGACUUGGAGCUAUUCUACGUUAAGUAUAGAAAUUUUUCCUACUUGCAUUGUAAAUGGGCCACAAUGGAAGAGCUGGAAAAGGAUCCUCGCAUUGCUCAGAAGAUCAAGCGAUUCAGGAAUAAACAAGCCCAGAUGAAGCACAUUUUUACUGAGCCUGAUGAAGACUUGUUCAACCCAGACUAUGUAGAAGUUGAUCGCGUCCUGGAGGUAGCCCACACCAAAGAUGCAGAAACAGGAGAGGAGGUGACGCAUUACCUGGUGAAGUGGUGCUCACUGCCUUAUGAAGAAAGUACGUGGGAACUAGAGGAAGAUGUGGAUCCUGCAAAAGUUAAAGAAUUUGAGUCUCUUCAAGUUCUCCCUGAAAUUAAGCAUGUGGAGCGGCCUGCUUCGGACUCCUGGCAGAAACUGGAGAAGUCUCGAGAGUAUAAGAACAGUAACCAGCUCCGGGAGUACCAGCUGGAGGGGAUGAACUGGCUUCUUUUUAACUGGUAUAACAGAAAAAAUUGUAUUUUGGCUGAUGAGAUGGGGCUAGGGAAAACCAUCCAGUCCAUCACAUUCCUCUCAGAGAUAUUCCUCCGAGGAAUCCAUGGCCCUUUUCUCAUCAUCGCCCCACUCUCCACCAUCACAAACUGGGAGCGAGAGUUCCGGACGUGGACAGAGAUGAAUGCCAUUGUGUACCAUGGCAGCCAGAUCAGCAGACAGAUGAUCCAGCAGUAUGAGAUGGUGUACAGAGACGCACAGGGAAACCCCCUUUCAGGAGUCUUCAAGUUCCACGUUGUCAUCACAACGUUUGAGAUGAUCCUGGCAGACUGCCCAGAGCUGAAAAAGAUUCACUGGAGCUGUGUGAUAAUUGACGAAGCCCACAGACUGAAGAACAGGAACUGCAAACUUCUGGAGGGUCUAAAGCUCAUGGCCCUGGAACACAAAGUACUGCUCACUGGGACACCGUUACAGAACUCUGUGGAGGAGCUCUUCAGUUUGCUGAAUUUUCUGGAGCCAUCACAGUUUCCUUCAGAGACUGCUUUCUUGGAGGAAUUUGGAGAUCUGAAAACUGAGGAACAGGUGAAGAAACUGCAGUCUAUCCUAAAACCAAUGAUGCUUCGGCGGCUGAAAGAUGAUGUGGAAAAGAACCUUGCUCCUAAACAGGAGACGAUCAUUGAAGUAGAGCUCACCAAUAUCCAGAAAAAGUACUACCGUGCCAUCCUGGAGAAGAACUUUUCCUUCCUGACCAAGGGGGCAAAUCAACACAAUAUGCCCAAUCUCAUCAACACCAUGAUGGAGCUGAGAAAGUGCUGUAACCAUCCCUACCUGAUCAAUGGGGCAGAGGAGAAAAUUCUGGAAGAUUUCCGAAAAACCCACAGCCCCGAUGCCCCUGACUUUCAGCUGCAGGCCAUGAUUCAAGCAGCAGGGAAGUUGGUGCUGAUUGAUAAACUGCUCCCUAAGCUGAUUGCAGGUGGUCACAAAGUCCUCAUCUUCUCGCAGAUGGUGCGCUGCCUCGAUAUCCUGGAAGAUUAUCUCAUCCAGAGAAGAUACACCUAUGAGCGAAUUGAUGGGCGAGUACGGGGAAACCUGCGCCAGGCAGCCAUCGACCGGUUCUGUAAGCCAGACUCAGACCGCUUUGUCUUUCUUCUGUGCACCAGAGCGGGAGGCCUGGGGAUCAAUCUCACGGCUGCUGAUACCUGCAUCAUAUUUGAUUCAGACUGGAACCCACAAAAUGACUUGCAGGCUCAGGCCCGAUGUCACCGGAUAGGCCAGAGCAAAGCCGUGAAGGUGUAUCGUCUCAUUACUCGGAACUCCUAUGAGCGGGAAAUGUUUGACAAAGCCAGCCUAAAGCUGGGCCUGGACAAGGCUGUUCUUCAGGACAUAAACCGAAAGGGCAGCACCAAUGGGGUACAACAGCUCUCAAAAAUGGAAGUAGAGGACUUGCUCCGGAAAGGGGCUUAUGGAGCCCUGAUGGACGAGGAAGAUGAAGGCUCCAAAUUCUGUGAAGAAGACAUAGACCAGAUUCUGCAGAGGAGAACCCACACCAUCACCAUCCAGUCUGAAGGGAAAGGAUCUACUUUUGCCAAGGCUAGCUUUGUGGCUUCAGGAAACAGGACAGAUAUUUCCUUAGAUGACCCAAACUUUUGGCAGAAAUGGGCUAAAAUAGCUGAAUUGGACACCGAAGCAAAGAAUGAAAAGGAGAGUUUAGUGAUCGACCGGCCUCGAGUGAGAAAGCAGACCAAACACUACAACUCCUUUGAGGAGGAUGAGCUCAUGGAGUUCUCGGAGCUAGAUAGCGACUCAGACGAAAGGCCCACGAGGUCCAGACGCCUCAAUGACAAAACCAGGCGCUACCUCCGAGCCGAGUGUUUCCGGGUAGAGAAGAACCUGCUCAUCUUUGGCUGGGGCCGGUGGAAGGACAUCCUGACCCACGGGCGGUUCAAGUGGCAUCUGAAUGAGAAGGACAUGGAGAUGAUUUGCCGGGCCCUGCUGGUCUACUGUGUCAAGCAUUACAAGGGGGACGAGAAGAUCAAGAGCUUCAUUUGGGAACUGAUCACACCUACCAAAGACGGGCAGGCCCAGACCCUCCAGAACCACUCAGGGUUGUCUGCUCCAGUCCCCAGAGGGAGGAAGGGGAAGAAGACGAAGAACCAGCUGCUGCUCCCUGAGUUGAAGAAUGCAGACUGGCUGGCCACCUGCAACCCCGAGGUGGUCUUGCAUGAUGACGGCUAUAAGAAACACCUCAAACAGCACUGCAACAAGGUCCUUUUGCGAGUCCGGAUGCUGUACUACCUAAAAGCUGAAAUACUGGGAGAGGCAGCUGAUAAAGCGUUUGAAGGCACCCCUGCCAGGGAGCUAGACGUACCCCUGCCCGACAUCGACUACAUGGAGAUCCCAGUGGAUUGGUGGGAUGCUGAGGCCGAUAAGUCCCUUCUGAUAGGCGUGUUCAAACACGGGUAUGAGAGGUACAAUGCCAUGCGAGCAGACCCAGCACUUUGCUUCCUGGAGAAAGUCGGGAUGCCAGAUGAGAAGUCUCUUUCUGCAGAACAGGGUGUUACAGAGGGGACCUCAGACAUUCCCGAGCGAGGCAACACGGAUAAAGAAGACAACACUGAAGACAAGUUAGAUGGCCUGCAGAAACAAAUGGAGAGUUCCAGCGAUGGAGGUGAUGGCAUUUUUGGCGAAAAGAAGGAUGACAGCCGGGCAGCCCAGGAUGGCUCCGACCCAGACAAAUCACCCUGGCCAGUUCCGUCUGCUCUCACGGCUCGGCUCAGACGUCUGGUCACCGUGUACCAGCGCUGUAACCGCAAGGAACUCUGCCGACCAGAAGUCCUGGGACCAGGUAACCAAGGAUACUGGGUCCAGGAAGAGAUGUUCAGGAGAACUUCAGAAAUGGAUCUCAUCAACAAGGAAGCUCAAAAGAGGUGGACUAGGAGAGAGCAAGCAGACUUCUACAGAGCAGUGUCCUCCUUUGGGGUUGUUUAUGAUCAAGAAAAGAAAACUUUUGACUGGACGCAGUUCCGCAUCAUUUCCCGUUUGGACAAGAAGUCGGAUGAGAGCCUGGAGCACUAUUUUUAUAGCUUUGUGGCCAUGUGCCGGAACGUCUGUCGUCUGCCCACAUGGAAAGAUGGUGGUCCCCCAGAUCCCAGCAUCUAUGUGGAACCCAUCACGGAGGAACGGGCCGCGAGAACCCUGUACCGCAUUGAGCUGCUGCGGAAGGUCCGAGAGCAAGUGCUGAGGUGUCCUCAGCUGCACGAGCGCCUCCAGCUCUGCAGGCCCAGCCUCUACCUCCCGGUCUGGUGGGAGUGUGGGAAGCACGACCGAGACCUGCUCGUCGGCACCGCCAAGCAUGGGCUAAACCGCACUGACUAUUACAUCAUGACCGACCCACAGCUGUCCUUCCUGGAUGCCUACAGAAACUACGCCCAGCAUAAGAGAACGGACGCCCAGGCACCAGAAAGUCUCUGUUGCCUUUACCAGACCAACUCCAGGCUGUAUGAAUCUCUUACGUACACUCAGAUGAGCAGGACUUCAGAGCCCCUUGAAAAUGAACCUGAGAAUCUGGUGAAAAUAGAAAGUAGAGAUGAUCAUCUCGCUCCACCUGGGGGCAGUUUAUCUGACAUGACUUGUGACAACUUUAUUUCUAAAGUUCAGGAUGUCAUUUCCAUCACCCACGAUGAAAGUCUGCUGCCUGAGUCCUUGGAGAGCAUGAUGUAUGGGAAGAAGGCUCUCAUUCGAGAGCCGGGCUCUCUCCAGGAGAGCCCCAGUACAAACACAGAGCCCAGAAAGGAUGCUCUGGCCCUCUCAGCAAGCAAAGAUGGGAACUGCCGGCCUGCUGGCCAUGAGGCAGAAAUACCUUCAGGGCCCUCUUUUAUGAGUAGCUUAGAAGCAGGGGUAGCUCAGAUGAACAUCAAAAAUGGAAAACAUCUGUUGCUGUCUCUUUCAAGGGAAGGGGAUGUCUGCAGUGAGGCAGGGCAGAGGCCUGAAAGCAUUGGGCAGCUAGAAGCCAAACACUUAGCUUCCCCUUCCUUGGAUCAGGGAAAUGAAAGUGGGUUUGUAGAUAUGUGCCAUCUUAGUGUCUGUGAUUCCAGAAGAAGCUUGUCAUCAGACCAGCAAUUAAUUGAUUUAUUAGAAAACAAAAAUUUAGAAAGUAAAUUGGUUUUGAGUCAGAACCACAGUGAAGAGGAGGAGGAAGAGGAAGAGAAUGAGGAGGAGAACAUAGGUGUGACCACAGGCCUGAGGGAAAGGCCCGAGGUUUUGCAUCUAGCCGAGCCCACUGCUAAUAUCCUAAGGGAAAAGAGCCGAGGCCUCCCUGUGGAUGAGGUCAAGAGAGGAAGCCUGGAGGCCAUGAGCCAGCAUCCUAGACCACAGGGGGCUUUUCCUCCAGCAGCCUGUCAGUGUCACUGCAAGCACACGGAGAGGUGGGCACGUGGCCUCGAGAACGAGGAGUUUGAAGUGGACAAAUCCAAGGGUUAUACCCCAGACCUGUACAGAAGCAAAACAAAUUGUAUCACAGUGGAGGGUGAGCCCACCGCUCCUCCAUCAGAGCCCUUUCAGGGAAAGCACGAGCUGUCAAAAGAACCUUGGAAGGAAAAUGCAGAAGGCAAAAAAGGUUUCCCUGCGUAUCCAGAAGCAAGUGAGCUCAAGUCCGAAGACAUGGAUUUUGAGAGUAAAGAUGAUUACGACAGAGAUGGGAACAGCCAUGCUCAAGAUUACCCAGGGAAAUACUCUGAAGAGGAGAGCAAGAGCUCAGCAUCAGGCAUUGCUGGAGACCUCGGGGAUGACCUACAGGAGGCUCGGGCUCCCACCAUUGCUCAACUGCUUCAGGAGAAGACCCUCUUUUCCUUCUCUGAGUGGCCAAAGGAUCGCGUGAUAAUCAACCGCCUGGAUAAUAUCUGCCACGUGGUGUUAAAGGGAAAGUGGCCUUCCAGCCAGCAGUACGAGCCCCCGGGCACACUGCCCACCCCUGUGUUAACCAGCAGUGCUGGUUCUCGAAGCAGCAUCUCGGAGCCAGAAACAUCAGAACACAGCUUCAGCAGUGGUGCAGCAUUGGUGGCCCAGAUCCAGAAGGAGAGCUUCCUGGCUCCAGUAUUCACAAAGGAUGACCAAAAGCACAGACGGCCCUAUGAGUUUGAGGUGGAGAGGGAUGCAAAGGCGCGGGGUCUGGACCAGUUCUCCGCCACCCACGGGCACCCCCCCAUCGUCCUCAAUGGCUGGCACGGGGAGUCCGCAAUAGACCUCUCCUGCACUUCAGAGGGGUCCCCAGGAGCCGCGUCUCCUUUCCCACUGAGCGCCAGUACCCCUAAGAUCGGGGCUAUCGGUUCACUUCAAGGAGCCCUCGGCAUGGACUUGUCUGGGAUUCUGCAAGCUGGCCUGAUCCAUCCAGUGACAGGACAGAUCGUCAACGGAAACCUCAGAAGAGAUGACGCUGCCACGAGGAGGAGGAGAGGGAGACGGAAACAUGUUGAAGGAGGGAUGGACCUCAUCUUUUUGAAGGAGCAGACACUUCAGGCAGGAAUCUUGGAAGUCCAUGAAGACCCAGGGCAGGCGCCCUCAAGCGCCUCACAUCCGGAAGGGCCGGUGUCUGCCGCUUCAGCCCCUGAGCCAGCCCCAGCAGCUGGCAGCCAGGCUGAGAAAGCCAUUCCCAGCAAGAGUCUCCUUGACUGGCUGAGGCAGCAGGCCGACUACUCCUUAGAGGUUCCUGGCUUUGGAGCAAAUUUUUCAGACAAACCAAAGCAGAGGAGGCCACGCUGUAAGGAACCUGGAAAAUUAGACGUCAACUCCCUGAGUGGGGAAGAGAGGGUUCCCGCUGUACCCAAGGAGCCAGGACUAAGGGGAUUUCUCCCAGAAAACAAGUUCAAUCACACCCUGGCCGAGCCUGUUCUUCGAGAUGCGGGCCCCCGAAGGAGGGGGAGGCGGCCUCGGAGCGAGCUCCUGAAGACCCCUGCCAUCGUGGCGGACUCUCCCUCGGGGAUGGGGCCACUGUUCAUGAACGGACUGAUCGCUGGGAUGGACCUGGUAGGACUCCAGAACAUGAGAAAUCUGCCAGGCAUCCCCCUCACGGGCCUGGUGGGGUUCCCGGCCGGCUUCGCCACGAUGCCCACGGGUGAAGAGGUCAAAAGCACCUUGAGCAUGCUGCCCAUGAUGCUGCCGGGAAUGGCCGCCGUGCCCCAGAUGUUCGGUGUCGGGGGACUCCUCAAUGCACCCAUGGCCACUGCCUGCACCAACACCGCUGCAGCGCCUCUGUCAAGCACAACAAAAAGUGGCACAGCAGCGACCGAAAAGACUGUAGAAGACAAGCCGAGUAGCCAUGAUGUAAAAACGGACACAUUAGCUGAAGACAAGCCUGGUCCUGGUCCGUUUUCUGAUCAGUCCGAACCUGCAAUAACUACCAGUAGUCCUGUGGCUUUUAACCCCUUUCUCAUCCCAGGAGUGUCCCCUGGACUCAUUUACCCAUCCAUGUUUCUGUCCCCGGGCAUGGGCAUGGCUCUGCCAGCAAUGCAGCAGGCCAGACACUCUGAAGCAGUAGGUCUGGAGAGCCAGAAGCGGAAGAAGAAGAAAACAAAAGGGGACAGCCUGAACCCCAACCCAGAGCCUGCUCCCGGGUCCGAAAAGGAGCCAGGCGGCGAUCAGAACUGCCCCGAACCCAGGGCCCCCGUCCCUCCAGAGAGAGGACAUGUGGCACAGGCCAGGGAAGGGGGCCUCAAAGACUCCAACAGUGACACCAAUUAGAACUGUUUCAUUUAAGAAAUGAUUGUGACUUGUAAGUUUCUUAUCCCAUAAAGGUUUGUUACUUCCCUCACUCCACCUUCAUAAGAACCUGUGUUUCCAUAAGUAAUAUUACCUACCUAAUUUUCUGAGAACUGUGGUCACAGAUGUUAAUAGUUGCAGGGUCUUGCCACUUCAUUAGCUGAGUGUCGUCGACCUAGUGUAGGAGGCACAGAAUUCUCAUUCUGUUACCCAGUUGUUCAUUCCAGCAACCGUAGCUAAUACAGUAUGUGGUGACACACCCUUCCCCCUUCUCUUCCAAGUUCCCACUCACCUGAGGAGGGACAGUGGCAAAAGAAAGCUGUCUAGGGAUUUACCAUCAAAGGGCCAAAGAACAGAGACAGAGAGGAGCUCUUUUUUCCGUGAGCUGUGUUGAAUGGGAAGAAUCUAAUGGGGAAACCAAAAAGCACAGAAGAAGGAAGUGCUCGUGCGUAUUUUUUAGUUAAGAUAUUUCCCUAUUUUAUCAUGAGGACUAAAUGAGUAGUGUAGACAGAAGUAUAUAACUAAUGGUUGAAAAUGCAUAUAUUCAUUUCUUUAGAAAGCAAAAACCUUACUGGUAGUAACAGGACAUCCCCCUUAAUGGUUUUUCAGACACCUGCAGCAAGAAGGAAUACUGACGAGGCAUUAUUUUAUACACAUGUAUGCCGUCUCCCCCACGUAAAGAUCGUUCUCAGUAUGGAAAAGCUUUACACACCGGGGUUGUUGCCGGCAAUGGGGGCGGGUGAGGGGCUCGUCCUCUGUGGGGCUGCACACUGCUCACCUCACUCUCAAGAAUCGCUCCAGCCACCACCAGGCCCUCACAAGUUUUUACUUUGUGCUCCCCUUCACCAAGAGUAGGGCUCUUUCUGGAGCCUUCGAGGAUAUAGUCACUCAACACUUUUACACUUUGCUAGGUCCCUUCGUCAAAUUAUUUGAGGUUGUCCGAACUGGUGUGUGCCACCUUUAUAAAACGACUGUGAAAAUUUGUUUCUUCUCUCCCAUUUUUUUUUUUUUUUUCUCUAUUCGGUUUCCAUUACACAGUUGGACCCAGAUUCCAGAUCAGGUUAAUUGAGACUGUUGCAAAUUAACAUCAUUUUCCCUUCUCACUCGGGAAGCACCUGCCUGAGUGGCGCUUAACCCUGCCUGCGUUCCCCUCCCACUUGUGUCCCGCACUCCAGAGGGCCGGUCGUGCUCUGAGACUGGAAAUAAGCUCGUGGUUCAGGACUUGGGGGGCACAGGGCCCGUGCGGGGGCCGUCGGAGACGUUGGAAGUGCUAUUGGUACCAGUUUCACUUGGUGUUGCCACAAUUUACUGUAUUUUUUACUUUUCCUGUUACAGUUUUGCUAAUUUAUCAGAAGGUCCAAAAGUUUGACAUAACUAUUUCAGUUUGCAUUAUUUAUUUAUGAUGCUUUUGUCAUUGUCUUUUAUACAUUUGGGAUUAUAAAUUAUGUAAAUGUUAAAAUGAGCAUCUCAAAGAAGUCUGUUAAAUUGUGACCGAAGAAAAAAAUAAGAUGUAUCUUCGAACGGUGGAGUUAUGAAUCAGAGAUAAAAAUCAGAAAUUCUGUAACCGAUCGCAGAAGAAGAAAGAAUCCGUUGAUUGAACAAAUCCUAUUUAAUGACAUCUUUGUAGCAUAGAUGGUCGAUAAUGCUGACAACAGAUUUCUUAGAAAUGCUGCUCUCUAUUUAACUAACAUUUUGUUCAGUUUUGCCUCCAGUGGAAGCAGAAAGGGUUUUUUCAGCUGUUAAAUCCUAAAAAUCAAUAUAAUUUAUUUAUGUAAAAAAAAAAUCACUCAAUCGAUAUAUUUUUGAACCUUUUAAGUACUAAUUUUCUUUUUAUCAAGUAGAAAAAAAAUGUAUUUGCCCUAAAUCCUUAAAAUACAAAUGCUAUAAAAAUUCAUGUAUCUUGAAAGCCUUACUGCAAAUGAGUAUUAUAGACAUCCAGCAGAGCCUGGGUUUCCUUUGUUGUCCUCGUUGUUGUUUUGUAUGGAAAAGCUGCUUUCCCUAGGUUCCACUUAGAACCUCCAGUAGGUCACAGGGUUCAAUAUGGAUUUGAUUUAAAAACCCACCAGCAUGCUAAACCCCUUGUUAUAUCUUACCGAACCUGUAUGUUUAACUCUCUGGGUGUUUAGGCUUAUAUUUGACUGCUAUUGUGUCCCUGUUUGCAAAAUGAAAAUGACACUCUGUGGAUUAUUUGCUCUGUAAGGCAUAAGUGCUUCUUAUGAUUAUUUUGACGUUUCCAAGAGCAAAAGCCAAAUUUAAACUCUCUUCAGCAAACUUGAGCCUUUUCAUCUAAGUUCCAUGUCACUCACAGCCAUAACUUUCCUUGGUCAUUCUUCACCCCGUGUCUUACAUAAUAAAUUGUCUGUGGUCUUGA